AUGGACUCACUGCAAGUUCGAAGACAUUUCUAAAAACUGGUAGUACCAAUAAAUGGACACAGAAUAAAGUUUAUCAUGCAAAGAAUGAUUGGAGAAGAUAUACCCCGAAAUAUCAGGAGCCAGUGAAGGAAAAAAGAUUGUUUUUGUUCAUACUUUGAUCUACCAGCAGACAUGAAUUAUGGAUACCCUACUCCGGAUUUUUUGGAGGCGGACAUCCCUUUAGAUGAAGGAAUUGAUUAUGAUGGAGACCUUUCGUCUAAUCUUGAGGAAUUCCGGAGCAACAGUGCAAUUAGCACUCAAAGUCUCUGUUCUGCACUCGGGAGUCACAUGGAGAUAAGAGCAAAAAGUCAGCAUCUUCAUGACGCUACCCGGCCCCCGGCAAAAGUGUUCGAGGUCCCUCUGCACCAGCUGCGGGGUCUAAGGGGACUGUACCGCACCGAGAACUUGCCGCAGGCGAGAGACCCGAAGAAAAAAGACCUUAUACUACACAUGUUAAAGAGUGAUUCGAGUGUAUACAGAUCAAGAAAGGAUCGUCCAUUAGUUUCCGCGAAAGUUCGAAACACACAACGAUCACAAAACACUCCGGUACAUUUUCAAAUUCGCAGAGAACAGACUUUACCGGCUAUUCACUUAAACUCUGGAACUAACAAACCGGCGACCCCCAAACAGUUUCAGAUUCCCAAAAUAGAGUUUCAUGGUCCAGAUACCACUGAAACACAUGACUGGAUGGGGAGACUUCUUCGUAGACCAGCUGUAAGGCCGACCAGUCCUGUUACAGACAACGACCCAUUGUUUUUCAGGUUUACGCAGACGAUAGAUUUGAAACCUAAAGUUUUCAAAACCCCGCAAGAACAAGAAGCUUAUUAUGUAGACAAAUACCCAUUACUUCUUCACACGAACCCAAGCGAUGCCAAAACUCCACGUAAACCAAAAGACACCAAAACAGCUUACGUCAUUGAAGAUCCGGCCUUAGAGCGAAGACUCACGGUGAUAUCGAGGCACGGACGUCUGGAAGAGGGCGUAGACGGGUUGGAAAAGGAGACGGAUGAUUGUGAGUUCCUCACUGAGCUCAGAGAUCCGGUGUUUGAUCCCACUUCCUUUCCGUGGAACAAACCGGAACACAGAAUAAAUACUAUCCCCGGAACACCCGCUGUGACGCCAUAUAGCAGCCAUAGCUCGUCCGAAGACUCCAGUUACGCAAGUAGUCCACGGAACCGCUGAAGUAUGAAGAAUUUUGCUUCGUUUACGUACAUGUAUGUCUUUAUAAAAUCAUCAUCAAAAGAUGACUAUUGAUAUAUUUUGAAAAUCUUUUUGUGUUUAGAAAAAUGACAUUUGUAAGAGGUUUCUUGUCGUUUGUGGUAAUAUAUACUGCAUUUGGUUAUCAAUAGAGAGAUGUGCAUAAUGCAAUUUCAGAAUGUUCACAUCGUCGAUAUCAAGAUAGUAAAAUGUAAUUUAGUGUUAAUUAACUCUUAUUACUAAGUAAUAAAAAUGAACGUUUGCGUGCAUGGGACAAAUCUUCUUAGCACACCAGACCAAUAGAUAGACUUGAAAAUGUCUUGUUUCAGAAGAAUAGAUAGAAAUAGGAAAAUAAUAGUUGCGUAUAAAAUUAAUCAAUAAGGUCAUUAUCUUAAGGAUGGUGUGAAUUUUUAAGUGCUUUAGAGAACCUCCAAAGUCACUGAUUUCCAUUUUAGUUGUUUGAGGUAUAUUUCAUGGUAUGUUGUCCGCCACUUCUGCAAGUCGGUUUAUAGAUUCCUCUACAUGCAGAUAUAUUCUUUGAUGUGAUUUUUAUCUGUACUUUUAUGCAUGCAUUUCGAUUUGUUUUUCCUUAAGUUGCAAUUUCCUUUCCUGAAAAUGCACUAUUGUAGGCAAUAAACUUUAGAAACCGAGUUUCAAAGAAAUAAGCAAUGAAAUGAAUAUUUUUGUACAGAUUUGUAAAGUUUUGAAGUACAAUCGAUAUCAAUUCA